UAGUGCCCAGUCUUUCCAUCUGUGGACAGGAGUAAUAAUGCUUGUCCUGCGGGUUGACCAGGAUAAUAGCUACAUUACAUGUACAUGAAGGGAUGACUAUCAUUGGGCAGCUGUUUACCCCUUUGGAUUUUGUGAGGAGGAAAGAAUGCUGCCCCAGGAGAGUUGGUCAAAGGAAGCAAGGUUUCCUCCUCCUAGAUCCCAAAUAGCAAAGGUAAAAAAAGGCUCCCUGGAGUUGGGCAGGGGUGCAGUACACACGUCGGAACCUGAAGUCCGAGUUGCUGAGAACAAACCCGCCAAGUUGUCCUGCUCCUACUCUGGCUUCUCCUCUCCCCGUGUGGAGUGGAAAUUUGCCCAAGGUGACAUCACCAGCCUCGUUUGCUAUAACAACAAGAUCACGGCUUCCUAUGAGCACCGAGUUGCCUUCUCACAUAGUGGCAUCACUUUCUACUCUGUGACCCGGAAAGACACGGGGAUGUAUACGUGUAUGGUCUCUGAUGAAGGCGGCAACACCUAUGGGGAGGUCACCGUCAAGCUCCUUGUGCUUGUGCCUCCAUCCAAGCCUACGAUCAACAUCCCCUCCUCUGCCACCAUUGGGAGUCGGGCAGUGCUGACCUGCUCCGAGAAAGACGGCUCUCCCCCUUCUGAGUUCUACUGGUUCAAGGACGGGGUCCUGAUGCCUACAGAGCCCAAGAGCAACCGUGCCUUCAGCAACUCUUCCUAUAGCCUGAAUCACAAGACAGGGGAGCUGGUCUUUGAUCCUGUGUCAGCCUCUGAUACUGGAGGAUACACUUGUCAGGCACAGAAUGGGUAUGGGGCCCCCAUGAGGUCAGAUACCGUGCACAUGGAAGCUGCGGAGUUGAAUGUGGGGGGCAUCGUGGCAGCUGUCCUCGUCACACUCAUUCUCCUUGGAUUCUUGAUUUUGGGCAUCUGGUUCGCCUAUAGACGAGGCUACUUUGACAGAACAAAGAAGGGGACCUCAAGUAAGAAGGUGAUUUACAGCCAGCCCACUGCUCGCAGUGAAGUGAGUGUGCUACCCUGGGACGAGGAGGGGGCUUCUAGCCUGUGUCUACAGGAUCUACAGGACAGAGUGGCCUAUGAGUGCCACCUUCUGGAAUGAAGGAUAAAGCCACUGCAUGCUUGCCAGUGACAGGUGAAAAUCAGAAGGCGUACAUAUAUUUGUGGAUGGCAAAGAGAAGAGCAACAUCAUCAGCUUGCAGAAUGAGAAUUCAAAAACAUCUCAAUAGAACAAACAUGGUUACCCAUAGGGGCUUGGGGGGUGGUGUGUGUGGUAUGGGUGAAACAGGUGAAGGGGAUUAAGAGUCCACUUAUCUCGGGGCGCCUGGGUGGCUCAGUUGAGCAUCUGCCUUCAGCUCAGGUCAUGAUCCCAGGGUCCUGGGAUCGAGCCCCGCAUCGGGCUCCCUGCUCAGCGGGAAGCCUGCUUCUCCCUCUCCCACUCCCCCUGCUUGUGUUCCUUCUCUGUCUCUCUCUGUCAAAUAAAUAAAAUCUUAAAAAAGAGAGUGCACUUAUCUUGAGCACUAAUACAUGGAAUUGCUGAAUCAUUAUAUUGUGCACCUGAAACUAAUAUAACACUGUAUGUUAACUACAUUGGAAUUAAAACUAAAAAAAUCUCAAUAGGCAGGAAUGAUAGGCUCCAUCUUAUAGACCAAAAUUCAAUAGUAAUAAGUGUAAGAUUCUGCCUCUGGGUCCAAAAAGCCAACUGGUCACAAAUAAAGAUGGAAAGAUACAGAACAAUUUAAAGACUACUGUAUGAAUGGCCUCAAGGAAGAAAAUUAGGACCAAUGGUUGGAUGUCCAAAGGACUGUUUAUAAUUCAGACUGUGCCCUUCAGAGCUCUCAGGAUUGUGUUGUGUCCUGGAAAGAUGGCCAGCUUUGGAGUUGAAGACCUUAUUUGACUCCAGCCUUUGAUGUUGGCAAAGUUUUCUCUGUCAGUCUCUUGUCACCUAACAAAUGGUGAUAAUACCCACCCUAUGAAGUUUUUAGAAGCAAAUGAGACAAGAUCUGGAAAGCACUUUAUGUCACCUCACACGAGCUGUGCACAAUCGCCUUCAAACUGGAUAUUUUAGGCCAGGGGUUGGCAAACUUAAGUAAAUGACCAGAGAAUAAAAUUUUUAUUACUAUUACAAAAGUUUAUUUAACAAAGAAGUUCAAUAAGAAAAUGUACAUGACUCAGGCGCCUGGGUGGCUCAGUCAUUAAGCGUCUGCCUUCAGCUCAGGUCAUGAUCCCAGGGUCCUGGGAUCGAGCCCUGCAUUGGGCUCUCUGCCCAGUGGGAAGCCUGCUUUUCCCUCCCCCACUCCCCCUGCUGUGUUCCCUCUCUCGCUGUGUCUCUGUCAAAUAAAUAACUAAAAUCUUAAAAGAAAAUGUACCUGACCUAAUUUUUAUAUUGCACUAAAAUGUGCUGUGGAGAGAAGACAUGGAAGCAUUGAUUUCUCUGGUUUAUAUUCUGGUUUUGUUGUUCAUACUUGUGGAAGGCUUCUACCAUGAUACUCUUUCCUACUGUUAUCACCAUUCUAAUGUUGCUAUGUCGCCCACUGGCCACCACUUCCACAUGCUCAUCCAUCACAAAAUUCAUAAAGGGGUCAAAUCACAAUAUUCCUUAGACAUAGAUGCUACCAUUUAAUUUCAACUAUAACUUCUUGCCCAUGAAUUUUUCCAACUAAGGGGAUGAACAUCUACCCAGCAAGCUCAAAGAUACCUUCAAAGAAAAUUCUUUAUACUUUUAGACAUACAAUCUCUAUACAACUUUACAGGUAUAGCAAGAAAACAUCCAUAGACUGUGAAUGAACAUGGCUGUGUUCCAUUAAAACUUCAUUUAUGGACACUGAAAUGUGAAUUUCAUAAUUUCCAUAUGUCAUGAUUUUUUCCCCAAUCAUUUACAAAUGUAAAAACAAAUCUUAGAUCCCAGGCUGCACAAAAACAAGUGAUGGGCCAGCAAUUAGUAUUUUACUUAAAGUUAAAAGACAGCAUCUAACCCCAUUUUUUUCUAAUUACGUUAUUUUACUUAUUAUUAUUUUUAAAAAUGAUUUCUGGUUACUUAGGCAUUUAUUUAUAAGAGAGAGAGAGAGAGCGAGCAAGCACAAGCAGAGAGGAGGAGAAUCCCAAACUCAAUCUCAGGCCUGUGAGAUCAUGGCCUGAGCCGAAGUCAAGAGUUGGACACUUAACUGACUGAGCCACCCAGGUGCCCCUCUAAUUAAGUUAUUUUAAUUCCAGUAUAGUUAACAUACAGUGCUAUAUUAGUUUUAGGUGUACAAUAUAGUGAUUCAACAAUUCUAUACAUCACUCUGUUCUCAUCAUAAAUGUUAACUCCAUUUAGUUUUGAAUGCAGACUUUAAGAUUCCUUUGGUCCAGGUCUGUAACCUCUCUGGGGAGAAAGGAAGUCAAGACAGAGUGGGUGGUAGCAGCUGGACAAGUAUAAAGUGAAAUCAUCAGAGGGUGCAGGAGAGAAAGGAGUGAAGGGAAAACCAGUAUGCCAGUAAGAAGUGAUGGGGGAGGAAGGUUAACUAACUGGUGGAGAGACACAUACCCACUGAAUCUUUAUUUUAUUUUAUUUUAUUUUAUAUUUUAUUGUUUAAAAGAUUUAUCCAUUCAUGUUAGAGAAAGAGAGAGAGGGGUGCCUGGGUGGCUCAGAUGGUUGAGCACCUUCAGCUUGGGUCAUGAUCCCGGGGUCCUGGUAUGGAGCCCCAUAUCAAGCUCCUGGCUCGUUGGGGAGCCUGCUUCUCCCUCUACCUCUGCCUCUCCCCCUGCUCAUGCUCUCUCUCUCUCUCUCUGUAUCUCUGUGUCUCAAAUGAAUAAAUAAAAUCUUAAAAAAAAAAGCGUGCAAGCAAGGGACGGGGCAGUGGGAGAGGGAGAGAGGGAGAGAGAGAGAAGGAGAGAGAGAGAGAGAAACAGAUUCCCCACUGAAUGCAGAGCCUGAGGUGAUGCUGGACUCCAUGGCCCUGAGAUCACAACCCGAACUGAAAUCAAGAUUCCUAUGCUCAACUGAAUGAGCCACUCAGGUGCCCCUAAGUCAUUUUAUUUUAUUUUAUUUUAUUAUUUUUAAAGGUUUUAUUUAUUUGAGAGAGAGAGAGCAUGAGUGGGGGGAGGAGCAGAGGGAGAGGACUCCCCACUGAGCAGGGAGCCCGACAUGGGGCUCGAUCCAAGGACCCAGUGAUCAUGACCUGAGCUAAAGGUAGAUGCUUAACCAACUGAGCCACCCAGGUGACCCAGCCACCUAAGUCAUUUUAGAACAACACUUAUAUUCAGUUUCUGUUUCUAGUUGAUUCCUAUUUGGUUAUUAAACUAUGUGGAAAUAAUGCAAUAGUUUUCAGUAAUAAAUCUAUUAUUUAUAACUCCUUAGGUGAUGUCACCAACUUCCUUAAGGGUGGGGAGCUUGUGUUAUUGUAUUUGCCCAGUACAUUGUGCUGGUGUCUGGUACAUUGUGCCAGUCAAUAAAGGGUGAAUGAGUAAGUAUCACGUUCCAAAAUUUGAAUGAGGUAAGUUGAGAUAACUAAGGAGCUGCUCUGUUGGCUGUCAUUGUUGUUACCUCUCGUUAUUUGUGUGCAAGCCAAAUGAAAAUAAGUGGAAGGGGAAUGGUGGACAGAGGAUUACAGACCCUGAAUAUUUAUUUAUUUAUUAGUUUUUUAGAUUUUAUUUAUUUAUUCAUAAGAGACAGAGAGAGAGAGAGGCAGAGGGAGAAGUAGGCUCCCCGCUGAGCAGGGAUGCGGGACUCGAUCCCAGGACUCUGGGAUCAUGACCUGAGCCGAAGGCAGACGCUUAACCAUCUGAGCCACCCAGGCACCCCAGACCCUGAAUAUUUAAAUGUUGGCACCACAAACAUUUUGUUCUUGGUGAAUGGGCAGUGGAGUCAGUAGAACAGGGUGCAGGGCCAAGAAAAGAAUGAAGUGGACUCAUUUACUUAUCUCUGGUAUGCUGAGUCCUUUCUAGGUGGCUGGGCUCCUGGAUCGAGUGUUAUUCCUACCUCUGAACCACUGUGGUAAGUAAGUAAAAGCCACACUGAAACUCCCUGGGGAGACAACCUACACAAAAAAGCUAAGUGCUGAGAAUGAGAUCUCUUUACCUGCCCUGGGAAGGAGCUUGGCAGGGGCAGUGUAGCCAGGGAGUUAGAUGAGGAGCAAGGACAACUCCCAAGGCCCCAGGCCUUCCUCACCCCUUUCCACCAAUGUUUUGGCAACAUUCCAAACAAGAUUGUGACUUUAAUUAUUUGCACACAGAACAUCUGCAGUCAAUAUCUAUGGUAGGGGAAGAAAAAGCCUUUUUCCAUCUAUCCUCCUAGGUUCUCAGGUUGGGGACCUGUGACUCAGAGUGCAAAAGACAGACUAACAAGUAAAUAUAUGUACUUUAGAGAGAACAUGAGCAGGGGUGGGGGGAGCAGAGGGAGAGGGAGAGAAUCUCAGACUCCCUGCUGAGCGCAGAGCCUGACGCGGGGUUUGAUCUCAUGACCCUGAGAUCAUGACCUGAGCUGAAAUCAAGAGUCUGACCCUGAACCAACUGAGCCACCCAGGUGCCCCCAGACUAACAAGUAUAUUAACAGGCAUAUCAUGAAAUCACAUGGGAGCACUCUGAGAUGAGUAACUCAAAUUAGUGGUUAGAACUCAGGCUUCAAUAGGGGUGCCCACCUGGUUCAGUUGGUAGAGCAUGUGACUCAUGAUCUCAGGGUUGUGAGUUUAAGCCCCAUAUUGGGUGAAAAGAUUACUUAAAAAAGAAAAAAAAAGAACUUGGACUUUUGUAGCAUCUUUUUUUUUUUAAAAGAUUUUAUUUAUUUUACAGAGAGAGACACAGUGAGAGAGGGAACACAAGCAGGGGGAAUGGCAGAGGGAGAAGCAGGCUUCCCGCCGAGCAGGGAGCCCAAUGUGGGGCUCAAUCCCAGGACCCUGGGAUCAUGACCUGAGCCGAAGGCAGCCGCUUAACUGACUGAGCCACCCAGGCACCCUUUUUGUAGCAUCUUAACAAAAGAAUAACACAUUUUUUAGAGAUGUGAUAAGACAAAGGAAAAGGAGUUUCUAGGGGAACAAAUUAUGGGAAAAUAAAUAUAUGGGGAAAAUGAAUGGAAGAUAAGGUCUACUUUUCUUUUCUUUUCUUUUUUUUUAAGAUUUUAUUUAUUUAUUUGACAGAGAGAGAGCGAGAGAGGGAACACAAGCAGGGGGAGUGGGAGAGGGAGAAGCAGGCUUCCCGCUGAGCAGGGAGCCCGAUGCGGGGCUUGAUCCCAGGACCCUGAGAUCAUGACCUGAGCCGAAGGCAAACGCUUAACGACUGAGCCACCCAGGCGCCCUACUUUUCUUUUUUUAAUAGUUUUUUCUUCCCUAUGUAAUCACUUUACUUAUUUAUUUUUUAAGUAAUUUCUACACCUAACAUGGGGCUUGAACUCACACCCCCAGAUGGAGUUGCAUGCUCCACUGAGUAAGCCAGUCAGGAACCCCAGUAAGGGCUACUUUGUAAGGAUUGUUCUGUAGGUUCUUCUGGUGCCAUCUCUGGGCUAAGGGUCUAGAGCUCUCACCAGUGAUUAACUUCUGUCUUAUCUGGUAGAGAAGAUGGGAGAGACACCUUUACAAAUUGAUGUCUUGCUUUUAGGUCAAUAGGGGAAGGGCAGAGAGCUUUUCUUGUAUCUACUUCUUAAUUGCCUUCAGCUCAAAAUUGCAAUAUGCUUAAGUGGCAUCUUUUGGGGUGGCAUAUUCUGCCAUGCUUCAAUGUCUUUUUUGGGGAGGGGAGUACUCCACAAAACACAGGUUGAGAUCCUUAAGGAUGUCCAGGCUGAGAAGGGUGGCAUUAGUGUCAGGUUAAAACCAUAGUAGAUUGGGGCAUCUGGCUGCCUCAAUCAGCGAAACAUGUGACUCUUGAUCUCAGGGUUGUAAGUUUGAGACCCACGAUGGGUGUAGAGGUUACUUAAAAGAAUAAAAAUCUUCAGAAAAAAAACCAUCGGGCACCGGGGUGGCUCAGUCUGUUAUGUGUCUGCCUUCAGCUCAGGUCAUGAUCCCAGGGUCCUGGGAUCGAGCCCCACAUUGGGCUCCCUGCUCGGCGGGAAGCCUGCUUCUCCCUCUGCCACUCCCCCUGCUUGUGUUCCCUCUCUCGCUGUGUCUCUCUCUGUCAAAUAAAUAAAUAAAAAUAAAUAAAUAAAUAAAUAAAUAAAAUGUUGAAAGGAUUAAAACAAACAAAUGAGAAAAACCCAAUCAACCCAGAAUUCCAUAUCCAGUGAAAAUAUCCUUUAAGAAUAAAGAGAAAAUAAAAAUACUUUCAGAUAAAUGAAGAUCAAGAGUAUUUGUCACCAGCAGACUUACACUAUAAGAAACACUUAGAGGGGGGCGCCUGGGUGGCUCAGUUGGUUAAGCGACUGCCUUCAGCUCAGGUCAUGAUCCUGGAGUCCUGGGAUCGAGUCCCGCAUCAGGCUCCCUGCUCAGCGGGGAGCCUGCUUCUCCCUCUGACCCUCCCCCCUCUCAUGUGCUCUUUCUCAUUCUCUCUCUCUCAAAUAAAUAAAUAAAAUCUUUAAAAAAAAAAAAAAGAAACACUUAGAGGGGCGCCUAGGUGGCUCAGUCAUUAAGCGUCUGCCUUUGGCUCAGAUCAUGAUCCCAGUGUCCUGGGAUCAAGCCCCACAUUGGGCUCUCUGCUCCGCGGGAAGCCUGCUUCUCCCUCUCCCACUCCCCCUGCUUGUGUUCCCUCUCUCGCUAUGUCUCUAUCUGUCAAAUAAAUAAAAUCUUAAAAAAAAAAAAAAAACCAUCAUAGAUUUAAAAAAGAUGUGAGAAAGAUGCAUACCCUUUAGAGCUUGAGAUAAGCAGAUUUAGGUGAAAAGUGGUCAUCUUAUAUUUUCCCUAUAUGGAGCUGCAAAUUUAGGAACCACAGAAGAACUGAUGUAGCUGAAGUUGUUCUACAGGGAACAACAGUCUGGUUGGAGGGCAGGAGCUUGAAGCUAUAUUUGCUUAGUGCUUUUUGGAAUAAUAGUUAAUCUAGAGUCCUGUUAGUGCUGGGCACUGUCCUAAAUAUGCUUUCUUUCUUUCUUUCUAAAUAUUUUAUUUAUUUGUUUGUCAGAGAGAGCGAGCACAAGCAGGGGGAGCUGUAGGCAGAGGGAGAAGCAGGCUCCCCGCAGAGCAGGGACCCUGGGAUCAUGACCUCAGCCAAAGGCAGGUGCUUAACCAACUGAGCCACCCAGGCAUCCCUGUUCUGAAUCCUUUAUUUUAUUUUAUUUUUUAAAAAGAUUUUAUUUAUUUAUUUGACAGAGAGAGACACAGCAAGAGAGGGAACACAAGCAGGGGGAGUGGGCGGGGGAGAAGCAGGCUCUCCGCCAAGGAGGGAGCCUGAUGCGGGGCUCGAUCCCAGGACCCCGGGACCAUGACCUGAGCCAAAGGCGGAUGCUUAACGACUGAGCCACCCAGGUAUCCCUCUUCUGAAUCCUUUAAAUGCACUAACUCAUUUAAUCCUUACACCUAAGAGGAGGCACUGUUAUUAUUUGUAAUUUCAGGUGAGGAAUUGAGGCAGGAGGAGGUUCAGGGCUCUGCCCGGGGUCAUAUAGUUGUGAAUAGUGGUGCCAGAAUGUCAGCUGGAUAGACAGGCUUCAGAGCCCGAAUUCGAAAGACCACUCACUAUGCUGCCUCUAUCAGGGUUACAGAUACUAAUUACCUGUAUGGAAAGAGCUGUCAGAAAGCUUCCCUAAACCUCCCCAGCACUGUCACUCUACAGAACUCCAGAAUGCUUUUUGGCAAAUUCGUGCAUAAGAGACCCCAUGUUGGGAGGCCCUGCAGCGGGUGCACAAACCCACUCGAGGCCUGAGGCACCACUUACAGAAUUCAGUGUGAGUGGUGCCUGGGGGAGUGUGAUCUGGGGCUCCAGUGUGUGGCUCCCACUGGUGCCUUUAAAAUCCCAGGCUGGAUCUGAGAUUUCAAGGAAGCAUUCCUUAUGGAUGCAGAGCAAUUUCCCUGUUGGCUGAGAAACGUUUUAGUCCUGAGAAAGGGCCUGAUGGUGUCACCUUUCGCCUUGGGCAUGUGGAAUUGAGAAGGGAAAAAAAAGAAGAGUGGAUCAUGGGGGGAGCAGAUCCUGACAACCUCUAGGCCCCAACAUUAACAUAGAGCUAAGUUCCAGGUGGCCUACAGGUUGCCCUCUGCCAUAGCCUGGAUGUUCGUGUUCUGCCCAGAUUCCUCCGUGGAAUCCUAGCCUCCAAAGGGGAUGGAAUUAAGAAGUAGGGCCUUUGGGAGGGGCCUGUGGCUUGAGAGUGGAGUCUCAUGAAUUAGCGCUUUAUUAGAGGGGUGACGGAGUGCUCCCUACCCCUCCUGCCAUGUGAGGACCCAGCAAGAAACCUGUAUUCUGGGGGCGCCUGGCUGGCUCAGUCAAAAGAGCCUGCGACUCUCGAUCUCUGAGUUGUGAGUUCGAGCCCCACACUGGGUAGAGAGGUUACUAAGAAAAAAAAGCCCAUAUUCUGGAAGAGGGUCUUUGCUAAUUCUGCUGGCAUCCUCAUCUCAGACUUCCAGCCUCUAGAAUUGUGAGAAGUAAAUUUCUGUUGUUUACAAGUCACCCAAUCUAUGUUACGUUGUCACAGGAGCCCUAAUAGAUGAAGACAUCCUCUAAGAUUUUAAAGA